AUGCGCAAGCAGGUCUACCAGCCUCUUUUGGAUAAGAUUCACGCCAAGUUUAGCUCUUGGAGUGUCAUUCAUCUCUCAUUUGCGAGAAGGCUUCAGUUGAUUCAGUCUGUAAUUUACUAUACCAUUGCAUUUUGGGCCUCCAUUUGCAUCCUUCCUAAAAGUUGUUUGGAGGAGAUUGAGAGUUUGUGUAGUGCCUUUCUCUGCAAGGGCGCCCCAAAUUCUGCCAGAGGAGCUACAGCCAGCUGGGAGUCAGUUUGCACACCUAAGGAGAAUGGAGGCUUGGGUUUAAAAAGAGUAGUCCAUUGGAAUAAAGUCUUUGUUUUGAAGCCCAUUUGGGAAAUCUUUGCUGCCGGAGGAUCUCUUUGGGUAUCAUGUGUAUGGAGAAAUCUUAUUGGCAGGCCUUUGUUAGACAUUACAGGGGAUGCAAGGCCUAUAGUAUCAGGAUUGACACUUAACUCAGUGGUUGUGGAUGCUAUAAGGGAUGGCCAGUGGUGGAUUGCACAUAGUCGGACUCCAAAUACCAUCGUUCAAUUACUUAAGGCUUGCCUCCCUUCUGCAUCAGUUAUUAACCUACAGGAAAUUGCUCAAGAUGAUUGUUAUCUCUGGAAGAUUGGGGAUGCGCCAACUUCAAAUAAAUUCUCAACGGCUGCAACUUGGACUCACCUUCAUCCUCUAGGAAGCAAAGUGGAUUGGUUUGAAGCAGUUGGUUCAAGGGUUGGAUCCCCAAACACACUUUCAUUGCUUGGUUCAACUCUCGUCACAAGCUUCUCACCCGUGAUCGUUUGGUAA